AGCUAAGACAUUAAAGAGUUAAUGGUAACCAAACUUUUGUAUGAGUGGUAUUGCUAGACAGGAGUCUAAACCAGGCAGCAGCCGUGUAACGUUCCCUAACCUCAGCGACCCCAUCUCCACAAACAAACAUGCAACCAGCGCUGCUGCUCUCAGAGCCAGACUCAUUGCUAGGCCAGAGAUCCUAACCAAUCCAGAUGCUAUCAGAGUUAUCAGACCCAUGAGACAUGCUGAACGCAAAGAGUUGGCUAAAUUAGACCCUCUGCCACAAUUGCGUGUGUACCAAGAGAAGAACCAGCCCAAAGCAAGAGUUCUCUCUACAGCUGCCAGCUCGACCUCAGUUAAAAAGAGGGCCCCUGAACAACCUGCAGAAUCUAGGGGUGCCGCAACAGUCGGACAAUCUUCCAGAAACUUGUUUAAGAAGAGAAAAGCAGCUGGCAAGCUCCGAGAUGCCAAGGAUUUCGCUGAUAAGAUUCAUGACGACCCCCUGAUAGGGUUGACGGACCCCCUGGAACUGGUUACUAAGAUAAAGGAUCAGGUGGGAUUCAGGUACAUGACGGCUGCUGUUCCUCACUGCUCCAUCGACUAUCAUCCUUACAAUCUCCAGGUGGUGGUGCACGAGAACAUAGACCCGAAUGACUACUACACGAUAAGCGCGACGGGUGUGACGCGGCUGCGCGACCACGAGACCGAGUACACCGCACUCGGUAGUUGGGAGAAGGAAUACCGGGACUACCAGAUCCUGAUCAAGAUCAAGACCUUCAGCAACUUCAGGAUGUGGAAAGCUUUUGCUGUGUGGCGGAAGAAUGUUAGGUCUAAGAAGAUCUCCCAGUGUAAAACUGAUCUUAGUGAGAAUCUCUUUAUUGUUAACGACUCGUUGCGACCAGCACUGAUAUCAGUACGUGAUAUGUGUUAUCGUAUCGGAGACAUGAAUCUCUGCCGAUUUGACAAGGAUCAUACUUACCAUCUGAAGCAGUUCCAAGAUGCUCAGAUGUCUCAACUUAACGAGGUAACAGACAGAUUGGCUGAGUUCAGAGAGUUGGUAAAGGAAGUUGUGCGCCGUGCGUGCGCUAAUGCGCUGUUCGAAGCUGGCUUCCCUCUGGAGGAGAGUGGCAGUGGGUUUGGUAGUCCUGAUCCAGAUGAUGAGUUCCAGCGAGACGGAACCUCAGUUCUCAUGCUGAACCAGUUCGAGAUGCAGAUGUAUGUGGAACAGCAGGAGAAGGCAACUUACACAGAACAAGCUAGCAAACGUGCUCAUUGUCGCAGACUCACCUCUUUUAUUCGAUUAGCAGAUUACUUGAUAGUGCACACAAUGCACACACUCGCAGUCAACUCUGUAUCAAUGUUGCUAAGUUACCUUGUUACACACAGCAAAUGUAACUUCAUUCCAGACGCUAUGAAACCACAUUUGAACGAGCAACAAGAAGAACAACAAUUGCCACCUCUGUUCGUCACCGAACUGCUAAUGGAGAUCAAUGGUCUGUACUUUACACCCAAUGCAAAUCAUUAUUUGAUGGGAAGCGAAGAGAUCAUCAGACGAAUACAAGAUUCCACACUUUCAGUCAAAAACCUCGUCACUGAUGACUAUUUCCAUUCUUUCACAAAGCCCAAAAUCAAUGAUAAAUUGGAAGAGCAUGCUGUUGGAGAAGGACCCUCAUUAGCUGCAAUAUUUGAGGACGACAAACACUUACACACUCUUAUCAACAAUACAAACGAGACCAUAGAAAAGGCGUUUGAACUGGCGUGGAAGUACGCUGAAUCGUUUGAGCCGUUCAGACAGUAUUACCGUGAUAAUGAAAACCUGGACGUGGAGGCUGUUGGAAAGGGAGAACACGUUACCGAAUCAGAUGUGAAGUUCUUCGCGGAGUCACUGGCUGAAUACAAGCGACAGCACGAAGAAACUACCAAGAUAGUCGGAAACAUGAGUGUGGGUAUGCUUCUCUGUGAUGCUUCCAAACUCAAGACCAAGAUGCUUCCUUCUCCUCAAAAGUGUUUAGAGGCAAUUAAUGACCGGUUACCGAAACUGGCCCGACAAAAGAACGACGCACUCAUUGAAACGACCCAAGGGGCGACCAGCAAGUUAGACGUCAUACCGUCCUCGACUAUUGAAUUUGUGGAGAGUCUCACUUUCUUGGACGAGAUCCAAGAGAAAACUCAGGAAAUCGAGGAAGAGGCGAAUGUAAUCAGAGCCUUGUAUGAUCUGAUAGAGAAGUACAACGUGCCCGCUCCUCCUGAGGAUGUUGCAGUGUACCAGACUCUCACUCCCUCCGUUAACAAUAUGUUACAAGCUAUUGAUAGAUCCCUCGCUGAUAGGGACGCUAAUAUCGAGAAAUUCUGUACUCACCUUGAUAAGGAUAUCGCCACUUUGAGCAAGAAGGUGAAAGAAGUGAAACUGAAGGCACAAGGAGCAGCUAUCCUGGACCCACAAAGUGACAUGGACGAGGUGCUGGAGAGUUUGGAGGAGCUACACACCAUUAUGAACGAACUGCAGGAGAAAGCAACCGAGUACAAGAGUUACCAGAAACAGUUCAAGGUGGACGUGACAAGGUUUGACGAGUUGGAAGAAACUCACGCGGAAGUGAGGAUGAAACAACAGCUUUGGGAAUCCCUCAAAAGCUGGGAUGUCGUCACUGGGGAGUGGUUUGAGAAGAAAUUCGAGGAGCUCAAUCCAGAGGAUAUUACACAGAAAGUGGCAAAAUACGCCAAGUCAGUGUUCCAGAUGGAGAGGGGUUUGCCCCCCAAUGGGGUGGUGCCUCUUCUCAAAGAGAAGGUGGACGAUAUGAAGAGCAAGGUGCCCGUUAUUACUAACCUCAGAAACCAGAGUCUCAAAGCCAGACAUUGGGAGGAAAUAGAGACGACGUUGAGCUGCAAGUUUGACCCGGCUGCAGACACCCUGAAGACUCUCCAGGAUCUGGAUGCUUUCCAGUUUGCGGAGGAUCUAGAGGAGAUUUCAGGCAAGGCGUCCAGUGAGGCCAACUUGGAAACUAUGUUGAGAAAGGUCGAGGAGGAUUGGAAGCUAACUGAAUUCACUGCCAUCCCACACGGCAAAGACGUGUACAUUCUCGGAGGUCUUGAUGAAAUCAUGGCCCUACUUGACGACAGUGUGGUCAAUAUAUCGACCAUAGCAGGAAGUCGACAUGUGGGCCCUAUAAAACCAAGGGUCGAGGAUUGGCAGAAACAACUUGCUCUAUUCGCUGAUACUCUGGACGAAUGGCAGACAUGUCAGAGAAACUGGCUGUACCUUGAGAGCAUCUUCUCGGCUCCAGACAUCCAGAGACAGCUGCCAAACGAGGCUAAGAUGUUCCUUCAAGUUGAUAAAACGUGGAAGGAGAUAAUGAGAAAGGUUCAGAGAAUUCCCAAUGCUAUGCGGGCAGCAACUCAGCCAGGACUACUGGAGACGUUCCAAAACAACAACAGUCUGUUGGAUCAGAUCAACAAGUGCCUGGAGGACUAUCUAGAAUCCAAGCGACUCAUCUUCCCCCGAUUCUAUUUCCUUUCCAACGAUGAGCUCCUUCAGAUCCUCGCCCAGACCAGGAACCCUCAGGCAGUACAACCUCAUCUCAGCAAGUGCUUCGACGCUAUCAAAGCGCUUGAAUUCGGCACAAUACAAGACACUCGGCCGGGCAGUGGGGACCGUGCCAAGACACCUUCACAGGUUCAACAUAGUAACGAUAUCAUAGCUAUGUUGAGUCCUGAUGGCGAGAGGGUGGCGCUGGCAAAGGGACUCAAAGCGCGAGGAAAUGUGGAGAACUGGCUGGGCUUGGUUGAGGAGAAUAUGAUGGUGACUCUGAGGAGACUGUUGAAGGCGUCUAUUCAGGACUUUGAAGUAUCUGAUAAGAAUGAUUGGGUAGUGAGCCACGCGAGUCAAAUAAUCCUAGCUGUAAGCCAGAUUAUGUGGUGUCGGGACUGCACGGAGUGUCUGACCACUGGUACGGACAAGGUCGCCAACAUGAGGGGUGCUCUUCAGAGGGCCAUUGACAAUUUGACGAAUUUAGCGGCUCUCGUCCGUCAAGAGAUACCAAAGCUGAUCAGAAACAUCCUUGGAGCUAAAAUUACAAUUGAUGUGCACUUGAGGGAUAUCUGCUCAGAGUUGGUGAAGAAACAGGUUGAAACUGUAAAUGAGUUCGAAUGGUUAAAGCAACUGCGUUAUUACUGGGACACGGAACUUGACAACUGUGUAAUCAGGAUGAGUAACAGUUACUACAUCUACGGAUACGAGUACUUGGGAGCGAGCAUGAGGUUGGUCAUUACCCCGCUAACUGACAAAUGUUAUUUGUGUCUCAUGGGAGCUCUACAGCUGGAUCUGGGAGGUGCACCAGCUGGUCCUGCCGGGACUGGCAAGACUGAGACUACAAAGGAUCUGGCAAAAGCUCUGGCAAAACAGUGCGUGGUGUUCAACUGCUCAGAGAGUCUGGACUACAGGAUGAUGGGAAAAUUCUUCUCCGGUCUCUCCUCUACCGGUGCUUGGUGCUGCUUCGACGAGUUCAACCGUAUCGACAUCGAGGUGUUGUCCGUCAUCGCUCAGCAGCUCCUCACUAUUCGUAACGCCAAAGCUCAGAAACUCCCUAAGUUCAUGUUUGAGGGUAGGGAGUUGAAGUUGAACCCUAACUGUGCCGCGUUCAUCACCAUGAACCCAGGUUAUGCGGGCAGGACUGAGCUGCCUGACAACUUGAAGGCGUUGUUCAGACCGUUUGCUAUGAUGGUUCCUGAUUAUACUCUCAUUGCUGAGGUCAUCCUUUAUUCUGAAGGUUUUGAGGACUCGCUGACACUGGCUCACAAGAUGACCCGGAUGUACGCCCUCUGCUCAGAACAGCUAUCCCAACAAGAUCACUACGAUUUCGGUAUGCGAGCCGUCAAAUCAGUCCUGGUCAUGGCCGGGUCCCUGAAGCGUGAGAAUCCUGAUAAAAGAGAGGACGUGGUACUCCUUAGAGCCCUGAGGGACAGUAACCUGCCCAAAUUCCUUCUAGACGACACCGUCCUGUUCCAGGCCAUUCUCCAGGAUCUGUUCCCGGGUCUUGAGAUCCCUGAACACGACUAUGGUGUGUUUAAAACCACCAUUGACCACUGUACCGUGGCCAAGAAUUUGCAGCCCAAGGAUUGUGUGUCUAAUAAGGUAAUUCAGUUCUUUGAGACGAUGCAAGUGAGACACGGCGUGAUGUUGGUGGGACCGACUGGUGGUGGCAAGACCUCUUGUUACCAGAUACUUGCUGAUACCCUUACUAAACUAUACAAUGAUGGGUACGGUAGAAAGGUAGCUGAUUAUCGAACAGUACGAACAAAAGUGUUGAACCCCAAGGCAGUAACAAUGGGUGAGCUGUAUGGUGAGUUCAAUCUCCUCACCAUGGAAUGGAAGGAUGGUUUACUCGCUACCGCUGUUAGAGAGGCUGUAAAGGACACCACAGAAGAUCAUAAGUGGAUAAUAAACGACGGACCAGUCGAUGCUCUGUGGAUCGAGAACAUGAACACAGUCCUGGAUGACAACAAGAUGUUGUGUCUGGCUAACUCGGAGCGUAUUAAGCUCAACAAUACUAUCCACAUGGUGUUCGAGGUGCAGGAUCUCUCGGUAGCUUCUCCAGCCACUGUCAGCAGGUGCGGUAUGGUGUACAUUGACGAGAAAGAACUGGGAUGGAGACCCAUGCUGGAAACAUGGAUUAGUAACGAGGAAUUCAAGUGGAAGCAGGAAACCAAGGAGUACGUCUGGAACCUGUUCAACACUUACAUUGAUCCUGCCCUCAAAUACGUGGGCAAGAAUCUGGUUGAAGUGAUGCCCCAGGUACAUGUAGGCAAGGUCCAAACAGUGGCACUCUUAUUCCAAUCCCUUGUCUUCACUACCGGCGGACCCGACCUCCAGUCUGAUCCACUCCGUCUUCACUGCCUCCUAGCAACCAUCUUCGCUUGGUGCUUGGUCUGGGGUCUCGGGGGUAAUCUCGAGGAGAGUUACAACGAUAAAUUUGACAGUUUUGUCAAAGAUCUCCUCAGCGACUGUCCAGAUGUCAAGUUGUCGAUGACUGGCGAUGUGUACAGCUGUUACAUUGAUAUGAGCAGGAAGAUGAUGGAGAGCUGGGAGAAAAUCACACCUAGCUUCAAAUACGAACCUGAGAUUCCUUACUUCGACUUGAUGGUGCCCACAAUAGAUACGACAAGGUUCGGUUAUUUGAUGGAGAAGAUGCUGGAUCUGAACAGACCUGUUCUCUUCACUGGACCAACUGGUGUCGGAAAGUCAGUGAUAGCCAAGCAGAGGCUGUACGAUCUGGCAGAGAAAAAUGUCAUCCCUGCCUUUGUCAACUUUUCUGCUCAAACAAACAGCUUCCGAACUCAAGAGAUGAUUGAGAAUAAGCUAGAGAAGAAGCGAAAGACUAUUCUCGGUGCACCAAAAGGGAAGAGAAUAGUGAUCCUGGUGGAUGACUUGAACAUGCCUAAACAAGAAACAUACGGCGCCCAGCCUCCAAUUGAGCUGCUCAGACAGCUCCAGGACUUCAGAGGGUUCUACGACAGGGACAAGCUCUUCUGGAAAGAAGUUCAGGAUGUGACCCUGUCAGCAGCGUGCGCUCCCCCCGGCGGUGGCAGGAACGCCGUCUCACCUCGUUUUGUCCGGCACUUCUCCAUGUUUGCUAUUCCUUCCGCAGCUGACUUCACACUCAAAACUAUCUUCACUGCCAUUUGCAAAGGUUUCCUAGCAGAUUUCCCUCCGACGGUAAAAGAAAUGGCCGGAGCGAUCGUAUCGGCUGCUGUCGAAAUAUACAGCCGCAUGAGCACAGAUCUUCUACCCACUCCUGCCAAAGCUCACUACAUCUUCAAUCUCAGGGAUUUGAGUAAGCUGGUCCAAGGAGUUCUACAGGCAGAUGUAGGAUAUAUCAGGGAACCUGUAUCAAUGUUCAGACUUUUCUGUCACGAAUCUUUGAGGGUUUUCCACGACAGGUUGAUCGACAACACUGACAAAAAGUAUUUCUGCGACAUUCUAUCACAGAUGGCAAGCAAGCAUUUCAACCAAGACUACGCUGCUGAAACCUUCGAGAAGAAGCCCAUCAUUUUUGGUGACUUCAUGAAAGUUGGAGGAGAUCCCAAAGACAGAGUAUACGAAGACAUCAAAGACACUACAAAAUUGAUAAAAGUGCUGAAUGACUAUCUAGAUGACUACAACAUGUCGUGUCCUAAGGAGAUGAAACUUGUCUUCUUCCUGGACGCCAUCCAACAUGUGUCCAGGAUUGCCAGGAUGGUCCGGCAGCCUCGUGGAAACGCCCUUCUAGUGGGAGUCGGUGGUACUGGCAAGCAGAGUCUGACAAGAUUAGCUUGUCACAUGGCAGGUUACGUUUGUAUUCAGAUCGAGCUGACCAGAGGGUACAACUACGACAGCUUCCACGAGGAUCUCAAACUACUCUACCAAAGCGCUGGAGUUGAAGGAAAGAACACCGUAUUCCUUUUCACUGACACGCAGAUUGUUGUUGAAGAAUUCCUCGAAGACAUAAACAACAUUUUGAACUCUGGUGAGAUCUCCAACCUUUUCCCUGCAGAGGAGUUUGAGGCUGUCAUCAACGCAGUCAGACCUAGAGCUAAAGAAGCAGGUGUUUCCGAGUCUGACAGAGAUGGUAUCUACGAUUUUUUCAUUAGCCGUGUCCGAGAUAAUCUACAUAUUGUCCUGUGUAUGAGUCCUGUCGGUGAUGCCUUCAGAGCCCGUUGUCGUAUGUUCCCGUCUAUCGUGAAUUGUUGUACAAUUGAUUGGUUCACUCAGUGGCCCAAAGAAGCUCUCCUUUCUGUUUCCAAUGAAUUCUUCGCUGACGUGGAUAUUGGUGUAACUGACGAAGUGAAGGCAGCUCUAUCAGUAUUCUGUGAAGUUAUCCACACUUCAGUCUCCGCUAUGUCUGAUAGGUUCUUUGCUGAGUUGAGGAGAAAUGUUUACACCACGCCGACAAGUUACCUUGAACUCAUCAACUUGUACCUUUCUAUGUUGAACGACAAAAGAAAACAACUUAUGGCUUCAAGAGACAGAGUGGCUAACGGUCUGCAGAAGCUGCUGGAGACAAAUGAUCUGGUCGCUAAAAUGGAGGUUGAACUCACAGCACUCGGUCCGGAGUUGAAGAAAAAGAGCGAGGACACUGAUAUUUUGAUGGUGAAGCUUGAAAAAGAUCAAAUCGAAGCCGAUAAAGUCAGAGCUGUUGUCUCAGAGGAGGAAGCCAUCGCCAAAGAAAAGGCCGAUGAAACAGAAGCCAUUGCAGAAGAUGCCCAAAGAGAUCUCGAUGAAGCAUUGCCUCUUCUGCACGCUGCGAACAAGGCCCUAGACUCCCUGGACAAAUCUGACAUCGCUGAGGUUAGAGUGUUUGCCAACCCACCCGAGAUGGUAUUGACAGUAAUGGAAGCUGUGUGCAUCUUGAUGGGCAACAAAACAGAUUGGGCCAGUGCUAAAGGGCUUCUUGGUGACACUCAGUUCUUGUCCAGAUUAGUGAACUACGAUAAGGAUAACAUUCCUGAUAAGAUCCUACGAAACUUGAAAAAGUACAUCGACAACCCGAAGUUUGUACCCGAAAUUGUGGAGAAGACUUCCAGAGCUUGUAAAUCUCUUUGUCUGUGGGUGCGAGCUAUAGAUUCUUACGCUCAUGUCUUCAGAACUGUUGAGCCUAAGCGAGAGAAGCUGGUGAAUGCCCAAGCUGAGCUGGCAGAGGUACAGUCCGAGCUUGCCCUCAAGCAAGCUUCGCUUCAAGAGGUGGAGGACAAGAUUAAAGAACUUCAGGAUUCAUUUGAUGCUAGUGUUGCAGCAAAAGAGAGCCUUCAGAAAAACAUUGCUCUGACCGCUGCCCGAUUGAAACGCGCAGGAAAACUCGUCACAGCUUUGGGCGAUGAACAAGUUCGAUGGGAUGAAACUGUCAAGAUAUUCCAGAAAGAGAUUGAUAACGUUGCGGGUAACGUAUUUAUAGCAAGUGCCUGUGUGGCUUACUACGGACCUUUCACUGCUCAAUACCGUGAAAUGCUUGUCAAAGAGUGGAUUGUAAAGGGUCAGGAACUGGGCAUUCCAGUGUCAGAUGACUUCUCUCUUGUCACUACCCUGGCGGAUCCGUUUGAGAUUCGUCAGUGGAAUUUGGAAGGACUACCAAGAGAUGCUGUUUCAACUGAGAAUGCUGUUCUUGUGACGAAGGGACGCAGAUGGCCCCUUAUGAUAGAUCCCCAGGAUCAGGCCAACAGGUGGAUCGUUGGACGAGAGAGGAAAAACGGCCUCAAAAUUGUCAAACUUACCGAUAAAAACUUGCUGAGAACUUUGGAAAAUGCUAUAAGAAUUGGACUACCAGUGCUGAUUGAAGAAGUUGGAGAAUCUCUGGAUCCCGCUCUUGAGCCGAUACUGCUGAAGCAAACCUUUGUACAAGGAGGCAGACUUCUGAUCCGUCUUGGAGAUUCUGAUGUCGACUAUGACAAGAAUUUCAGAUUCUACAUGACCAGCAAGCUUUCCAACCCUCACUACAUGCCUGAGAUUUUCAUCAAGGUCACAAUCAUCAACUUUACUGUAACCCGUCUGGGUCUCGAGGAUCAGUUGCUUGCUGAUGUCACAAGACUUGAACGCCCCGAUCUGGAAGAGCAGAGAAAUGCUCUUAUUAUGAAGAUCAAUGCUGAUAAACAGAAGUUAAAGGAUAUUGAGGAUAAGAUUUUGAAGAUGUUGUUCCAUUCAGAAGGAAACAUCCUGGACGAUGAGGAACUCAUAGAGACUUUGAAUGAUUCCAAGGUUAUGUCUAAGGAGAUCAACAUCCGACUGAAGGAAGCUGAGGAGACCGAAGAAAAGAUAUCGCUAGCCCGAGCCAAAUAUCUUCCAGUAGCAACUCGUGGGUCUGUUAUCUACUUUGUUACUGCUGAUCUCUCUGUCAUAGACCCCAUGUACCAGUACUCUCUGAAAUACUUCACUUCUCUGUUCGUCAAAGUUAUCGAGACCUCAGAAAAGUGCUCCGAUUUAGGGAAACGGCUACAAAUUCUGCUUGACGGCAUCACCUUGACCAUGUACAACAACAUUGGUCGUGGUCUGUUUGAAAGGCACAAAGUUUGUUUCAGCUUCAUGUUAUGUGUCGAGAUCAUGAAGCAAGCUGGUAAUAUUACUCCAGAAGAGUGGAACUUCUUCAUCCGAGGUCUACCUCCACUGGAAAAAGAUAGACCUAAAAAGCCACAACAGUGCACUUUCCUUGAUGAAAUAACAUGGAACCUUCUUGUUGACAUCGAAGAGGCAAUGCCAACAUAUGCGGGCAUCACAAAUGACAUAAGACUCACUCCUGUACAUGUAAAUGUUGGAUCGUACGAACUGAAACUGAACCCGCUCAGCUUCCAAGGAUACGUCCCGAACGUUCCACCACCUCCUGAGGACCUGUCCACUGAAGAGAUCCCGCCUGGGGCUCCUAAAGGUCACUGGAAACAACGUCUCAACGGAUUCCAGAGACUGACCCUUGUGAAGUACUUCAAACCCGAGGCAUUGAUUGAGUGCCUCAGUACAUUUGUGGUUGAGAAUUUAGGAGCAGCAUUUGUGGAGACUCCUCCAACAAAUCUACCCGCACUUUAUCAGGAUAUGUCAAAGUUCGCACCACUUAUAUUUAUUUUGUCCAGUGGCUCUGAUCCAAUGGCUGCUUUCAUGCGAUUUGCUAAAGAACAAGACUACGAUGAGCGGGUCAAGGCCAUAUCGCUUGGUCAAGGACAGGGUCCAGUAGCGGAGACACUUAUUUUUGCCGCAAUGAAAACCGGCGACUGGAUUUUCUUACAAAAUUGCCAUCUUGCUAAAUCUUGGAUGUUGUCAAUGGAAGAAAUUAUCAAAGAAUUUUCUUCGCCUGACGCCGAAAUUCAUGACGACUUCCGACUCUUCCUGAGUUCUAUGCCCGCUCCCUUCUUCCCUGUUUCUGUUCUACAAAACGGUAUUAAAGUUACAAGCGAACCUCCAAAGGGUCUCAGGUCAAACAUGAGACGAGCGUUUGGUGAAUUAACUAAAUCUGACUUCGAGGACCAUAUCCUCAAGACUGACUGGUGCAAGAUCAUCUUCGGAAUUUGUUUCUUCCAUGCUGUGGUGUUGGAGCGACGAAAGUUCGGUCCCCUGGCCUUCAACAUUCCCUACGAGUUUGCUGACUCGGACCGUGAAUGUGCGAUUGACAACUUCAAGCUGUUCACAGCCGAAGGAGUGAUGCCUUGGGAUGCACUGGAGUUCAUCACUGCUGAGAUCACGUACGGAGGCAGGGUUACCGAUGAAUGGGAUCAGAGGGUUCUGAAAGUUGUUUUGAACCGUUUCUUCCGCCCUGCUACAAUAGAAGCGGGAUACUGUUACAGUUCGUCUGAUAAGUACCACCCACUGGAAUCAACUUCUCUUGACGCCUACAAGGAGUAUAUCGAACAACUCCCCAUCAUAGACCCACCUACAAUAUUCGACAUGUCCAAUAAUGCUAAUAUUUCAUAUCAGAAGAAGGAAUCCUUGACCAUUAUCACCACAAUAUUGGAUGUCCAGCCUAGACUUAUCAGCGGAGGUGCAGGAAAGAGUAGCGAUGAGAUCGUAGACGAAAUGGCGGCCCUAAUCCUGAGCAAGUUGCCAGAGAAACUGGACAUUGAUGAUGCUCUACCUGAAAUGUUUGAGCCGGACAGCAAGGGAAGGAUAAACUCUCUGUCCACUGUCCUCUCUCAGGAGAUAGUCAGGUUCAACAAGCUGCUUGGUGUUCUAUUAGGCUCACUCCUCAACAUUCAGAAAGCUAUAAAAGGUUUAGCAGUCAUGUCGGACCAGUUGGAGGCUAUAUUUGAUUCUAUUGUGAUCAACCAGGUUCCAGAUAUGUGGGCUGAUGCUGCUUAUCCCUCGUUGAAACCUCUCGGGUCUUGGGUAAAAGAUUUGGAACUGAGAUUACAGUUCAUAUCCAGAUGGAUGGACAUUGGACAACCCAAAUCAUUCUGGAUCUCAGGUUUCUUCUUCCCUCAAGGUUUUAUCACCGGUGCCCUCCAGAACUUCGCCCGAACAUACGAUGUACCUAUCGAUGCUUUGAAGUUCAGGUUCGAAGUCACGCCACAUUACCGAGCUCAAAUAGACGUUGCAACAGCUGAAAUGGCAGAUGAGAAGUACGACGACAAUACUUACUCCUCCCCUGAUGACGGAGUUCUCAUUCAUGGUCUUUACAUCGACUCUGCAAGCUGGGACGACGACAACAUGGUUCUUGCUGACGCGAGAGACGGAGUGAUGAACCCACCAAUGCCGAUGAUGCACCUCUUACCAGACCCAGAGUACGAGGUGGAGGAAGACAGGUACGAGUGUCCGCUCUACAAAACUGCUGAGAGAGCAGGAACACUGUCCACGACGGGUCACUCCACCAACUUCGUCAUCAAGUGUUUGAUACCCUCUGACAAGCCACAGGAACACUGGAUAGGAAAGGGUACUGCUCUGCUUUGUCAGCUCAGCCAGUGAGCUGCAACAACAGUCACCAGUUCAGGUAGUGAAAUCGAACUGUUUAUGGACCCUUCAGAGACUAGAGGAAUUGUUCAGACUUCUGAUGAAAGAACAGUGGUAAUUUAUUAGAACCAAGUUAUAGUUUCAUGGUUGCAAGAUGAGUGUCAUUCAUGCAUUUAAAUGGGGAUCAGAAGAAAAAUGUUUUGUGAAUCCCCCAAAUAUUUAGAUGCUCGCAUGUAAUUUAUUUCCAUAUUUUAAUCCACAGUAGAACUAGAAUCUUCACUCUUCACUAAUAUCUAGAUAAUAAAAGUUAUGACUCCCUGGCUUUAAACGUCCAUUGAUCAUAAACUAACAGAUAUUACGUUGUUUUCAGUUUUACUCGGGCAUUUAUUUUCCGCUCAGUGUGUACAAACCAGGUUUUGUAGAUUCAUACUCAGAUGUUAAAUUGUACAAAGAUUUGUAAUCAUCCCAUGUAAAUACAAAAUAUCUUCAAAUGUUUUACAAGAAUUGUUAA